AUGGUUUACUACAUUCGCUUUCUCAAGCCCCCGAUCUGGGUGAAGAAGAGAAAAGCAAAGGGCAUGCAAUACUAUAUCCAAAGCCUCAUUACCAUCACCAAUGACCUGGGCGACCAGUUUAUGGCCGACGACCUAGGUGUUACACUAUGCUUCACAUGUGUGACACACCCUCAACUCCAGAUCAAAGCUCAGCAAUUGGACGAAUGGGGACCAACUGAUCGCCAAGUGCCCAUCGAAAUGGGCCCCUUCUCGGCGUCCAUGGUGGGUGACGGCCAGUUCAAUUUCAAGGCCCAAGCUCUGGACAUCUCCAAGGAUCGAUUGAAGACUGGCGAGGCUCCGCUAGUAGUAGCGGCAUUCAGCGCACCGUUUUCGAAAAAAGAGCCUGCUGAAAAGCUGGUCGAGCGCCAAUUCUAUGUGGGCGACGAGCCCAACGAGCGAUUCAAGAUCUGGGAAGAGACAGGCAACAGUAUUGCUCGACAUCUCUGGGAUGCGGCACUUGCGUCCAUCAUGUUCCUCCACGACGUGACGAAAGGUAUCGACGUGGGUAUGCCGGCCCUCAACCAGCUUCUCACCAGCCCCCGGAGUGGACCUCUCCAAAUCGUGGAGCUGGGAAGCGGUUGUGGGAUGGUCGGCAUUGGCUUGACGACGAUGGUCGAGAACUGCAAUGUGCUCUUGACCGACAUGCCUGAAGCGGAAGAAAUCAUUACUCGCAACGUGAACCAGUCUAAGCCCAAGGCCAACUCAGGCGCGCGAUACCAGUCGCUGGACUGGAACGAGCCCCCAGCAGAGCUGUGCAAUCAAGCUCUGGACCUGAUCCUGGUCUCCGACUGCACGUACAAUUCGGACAGUCAGCCAGCCCUGGUUUCCUGCAUGCAGGCAUUGGUCCGGAGCUCCCCGGAGGCGCUGGUUCUGGUGGCUCUGAAGCGGCGACACGAGAGUGAAGCCGUGUUCUUCGAUCUGAUGCAGAGUGCAGGCUUCGAGGGCAUGCAUGCCAAGGUUGCGCUGCCGGCCCAAAACGCCCAGACGGACGAGAUCGAGAUGUACUGCUACCGGCGGGCGCAAGAGGCCCUCUGA